AUGGUUCUGUCACUCCUAGUCAGCUUCGGCACGGCCGUCGGUGCCCAUGAGGGCAUCAAAGCCUCCAUGGCCAAGUCCCGAAAGGAGGAGCAUCGAAGUCGGAAGAACAACCUUAUUGUCCACUGCCCCAAGUCAUCCCAGUACAGCCCUUAUCUCGAGGGGCGGCGGGUGGUACUAUCCGGAGACAGGCUUUACAUUGACACUGGCACCGCUCACGAUGUCCCUUUCGGCCAUCCCUUCGAGGGAUACUACAUCCCUUAUCCCGACUCUCGGUACGCGGGGCUGGUGACCACCAUCACGCCUGAAGCACCAAUCAUGAACUGGGUGUUUAUGGACCCUCUCACUUACUCAUUCCAAUUUGGUGUUCGUGCUGUGGCAGAUGCCAACCUGACUGGGCCCUGGGAUUGCACCCGUCAAGAUCGCCGACUUACUUUCUGCGGCUGGGAAGGAUUCUGUGCCGUUCUUGAGGAUAGUGGCGUUUGGGGUCUAUACUAUGACUUCGACGGCGAUGGAAUGAGAAAGAAGUUUGGCCAAGAGGGUCGCGUGGUGAUUGAGAUUGAGCUCAUCAGAAGUGAACUCAGAACACCAAAGCCAGAACCUGAACCAGAGCCCCAGCCAGAGCAAGACGUGACUGCAACAGCUGAGCAGAAAGAUGAAUCGGCUCAACAAAAAGGAGAAAACUCGACAGAGCCAGAGAGUUUCAGUCCAGAGAGAGUCGAUGCUCCAUCAAAACCUGUCCAGGAAUUCGGGGUCACCUUGGAGGAGAAGAUGGAGAGGAUAAACAACACCGCACUCAAAGCCAUGCGCGCUCGUCAAGUCGAGCGAUUCAUCACUCACCUAAAGUCGAACGAUCCCAACAACGAGCAGGUCGACCUUGUUAGCACUAGCGACGUCUCAGAAGCGAAGAAAAUGGCAAAGCUCUCUACUGCUGACUCUGAUGAGGAGUGUUGGCCGGAAACCUGGAACAAUGGUGGCACUGCUUUCAAGACCUUUUUCAAGCGCCACUUCCUCCGAUGGGCAACAUCUCAACGUGCUCGGGAUGAAUAUGAUGGACCUGCCAAAGGAACUAGAUCGCAGGUCGCCAAGCGCCUGGCGGAGCAGCAGUCUGCAUGA